GUUGAUGAGAAUGGUAAAAUCACCCGUCUGCGCCGUGAGUGCCCCAACAAGUACUGUGGUGCUGGAGUCUUCAUGGCCUCCCAUUUUGACAGACAGUAUUGUGGGAAGUGCUGCCUGACCUAUGUUUUCAAUAAGCCAGGAGAAGAAGUUGAAUCUUAG